AGUAGGACAAGGCGGAACCUAAGGGUGCUUCCUGGCUGUCGCCUAAUUAUGGCGGCCGUUUGUUCUGGCAAUGCAGUCCCCGUGUGGCUGAGCGAGGACGACCUGAGCUGCAUUAUCUGCCAAGGGCUACUAGACCAGCCCACCACGCUGCCCUGUGGCCACAGCUUCUGUCUCCGGUGCCUCCAUGACCUGUGGGUCUCGAAGCGUGGGGCCGUGGAUGGCUGCCCUUGGGCUUGCCCCAUAUGUCGGAAGGGUCCCUUGACAAAGCCCAAGCUGCACAAGAACCCGCUGCUGCAAGACCUGGUGGACAAGUACCUCCAAGCGGCGCGGGAGGUCGAGGCUGGCUCGGAGCCUGAACCCGCCCCCGCGCCGCGUUCUGCGCCCCAGGUGACAGUACAGAAAAGUACCACAAACGUUAUCCAGGAGCUGACUGACAUGGUGAGACAGCUUGUAGACGAUGUCAAGAGCCUUCAAACGCAAAGACCCAACUUGGGAUCUGGACAGGACAAUGCACAAGGCACCCCACCCACGGAUUCUUCCUCUGAGGGGGAACAUUCCUUGGAUUCUCCAAAGCUGGUGACCUUCAGUAUAUCUCAGAAGAAAAUUCAGGAGAUUCUCCAUAACCUGGAAGAAAUUCAGGAGAAACUGCAAGGGAGUGUCCCAGGGAGAGCGCCCCCUAGAGAGCGAGUUCAGGAAAUGACAUCUUCCUUGUGCCUGCUGCCUGACCAGAGGCGUCCUGCACCCAGGAAAGCUUCUCACUUGUCCCUGUGGGCCAUCAGUCCAACCUUUGACCUGAGGACCCUCUCCUAUAACCUGGAGGUUUCCAACAAUAGCCGGAGAGUGACUGUGUCUCGUGGUGAUCUGCACACCUAUCACUGGAGUCCCCAGAGAUUUUCAAUUAGCCAGGUCUUUUGUUCUCAGGCCCUCUCUUCUGGACAGAAGUACUGGGAAGUGGACACUAGGAACUGUAGCCACUGGGCCAUCGGGGUAGCUUCUUGGGGCAUGAAGCGGGACGGGAUGCUGGGAAGGACUAUGGACUCCUGGUGUAUAGAGUGGAGAGGGCCUGGCCAGUUCUCUGCUUGGGCCAAGAUGAAGAAAACAGACUUGCAGUCGGACCUCCCUGAGGUUGUGGGCGUGUGGCUGGACCUGGAGUCGGGGGAGCUUGCCUUCUACGCAGUGGCCGAUCACGAGAGGCUCCUGUAUGAGUGUGAGGUCUCUAGCUCCUCUCCUCUGCAUCCCGCCUUCUGGCUGUAUGGCUUAAGUCCUGGAAACUACCUGGAAAUAAAGCAGCUAAACACAUGAGCUUCCCUCGGGGUUAGGACAGUGGCUUCUUAGCCUCUUUGUUUAGGGGCCACUGGAGAAUUCCACUUAGGGAGACUGGAUAUAGUAGUGCAUACCUAUAACUCCAGCACUUGGGACGUGGAGGUAGGUGGAUCACUGCAAGUUUGAGGCUAGCAUGGUCAAUAAAGAUAGUUCAAGGCCAGCUUGGACUAUAUGAUAUGACUGCCCAAUUUUAAAGUUAUUCUUUUUGGGAGUGAGACAGGAUUAACUAAACAAGUUUGUGUUUUUUAAACCUUGGGCAUUUCAGAGAAAGAGCUGGUCUGGAGUGUCUCCUCACAGUGACCUCUGAGGCCUCAGAAUAGCCUGCCUAAUAAGAAGGACUUCGAACCAUUCCCUAUGGCCUCAUCUGGGACUGUUGGUUUAGUAAGCCUGUGGUCAACAAGUCACACCUACAUGACUGACCCCCCACCCCCAGUUAAAAGUCUAGCCCAACAGUAUAGCUGGGUGAACAUCUCUAGCUAGCAUAUGCUAUAUAUGUCCUCACAUACCUCUGCUGGAAGGACAGAGCGCUGUCUUAUGACUGGUAAGAGGGAGUGCUCCUGGACCCUGCUCGUGUGCCUUUUUCUACUGUUCAUUUUAUUCUGUGGCCUUUCAGUGUAAUAAACUGAAAUCAUGACUUUCAC